AUGUCAAAGUGGGAAUCCGUCUCUAUAGGCAAUGGAGCUACAGGACUCCUAAAGUCUUGUUCUUGUCCCCAGGUAUACAAGUGUGUGGUGAAGAACUGCACUCAGACCUACAUCAAGCUGGAGGAGUUUGUGGAGCACAUAAAGAACCACGACGAUGAGAUCACGUAUCGGUGUCACCUAUGCAGCAAGAUCUUCCCCUCGCUGUACGAGCUUGGGGUCCACCAGUACUCACACAGCCUGUACCCACAGCAACCCCCCAAAAAAGGCCCCACCUUCUACAGGUGUUCCCGCUGCCUGAGUAAAUAUUCCACACCCGAAGCCCUGGAACAUCACCUUCAAACAGCGUCUCACAACUACCCCUGCCCGCACUGCCAGAAGGUGUUCCCGAGCGAGCGGUACCUGAGGCGGCAUCUCCCGGUGCAUGGUGGUGGCGGCGUCUUCAAGUGCCAGACCUGUAAAAAAUCGUUCAAAACCGAGCACUACCUGAAACUCCACCUACUCAUUCAUUCAGGUGAAAAGCCCUUCAAAUGCUCGCUGUGCGAGGCAGCGUUCAACCGCAAAGACAAAGUGAAGCGCCACAUGCUGACCCACGAUCCCAUCAAGAAAUUCAAGUGCCCGUUCAGGGUGCAUUCAGGUUGCACAAAAGAAUUCAACAGACCUGACAAACUCAAGGCUCAUAUAAUCGCUCACUCAGGAAUCAAGCCGUACAAGUGUCAGUACUGCAGUAAGAGCUUCAGCCGACGCGCUCACAUGUUGGAACACCAGCACUCUCACACCGACACCUACAGCAUUCGCUGCCCCAGCUGUGGCAAGGGCUUCACCAGGGACAAGUACCUCAAGCAGCACAAGUGCCGACUGUACGCCGGCCGGGACGAGGAGCGGCCAGAGCGCAAACGGCGCUACUGGGUCCGCAAGAAGCCGGUGGUCCGCACGGCCAAGCGGGCGUUCGUGCCCGGGCCUGUGCCGGAGCGCAGAGACGAGGCCUGUCAGGCGCGGCUGGGCCCUGAGCGGUACGAGGAGCACGUGAUCAUUCUGUCGGAGUCGGAGGACGUCAGCGGGACGGAGAACACCACAGACGCUGGGGGGCUGAACGGCUCAGCGCCCUCCAACACUGCCCUGUCAGCCUUGCGGACGGGCCCCAGCCUGGCCCUGCUGGAGGUUCCUGUUUACAUUCAGGCCUCGGACUGAAAAAGUUACAGACAAAACUUUUUUUUAAACGUGUAAAUAAAAACUUGGCAAGAGAUCAUGACUGAAAGAACUAGUAUUAACAUGCAGCGCAGCCUUUCAUUCUGCCCUGACGUCUGGAGAAUAAGACUUGCGCCCAAUCCGUAGAGUUCAGGAAUCCAGAGAGAGUUGAUCAUCCUGGUGAAAGAGUCUGGAGCACAGCGCAGGCCGACUGUUAGCUAAAAGCACACCCUCGCUUUUAUCGACGUGGCUGCCGGCCGAGCUGGGACUCCGAACCCCAUGAGGAAGAGUGUGGCUGACAGUCUGUGUCCAAAGCACUGACGCUGCACAGUCAGGAUCCUGAGGCAGAGGCUUUCUCAUCUGAAAGGGCUCAUGUUAUUAACUCGUGUAAUAGAGCUGUCCAUCUGACUCCCUUACUCUUCAUGCAUGACUGUGCGUGUACUUUUUAAUGUUCAUGUAUUUUUGUGUAUGUCUGUGACUACAUGCCUACUUGUGAGUGUGUGUCUGUGUGUAUGUCUCUCUCCAUGGCUGGUAUGUAUUUGUGUGUAUGCAUGUAUGUGAGGCGUGCGUUUGUGGAUGUGUGUGUGCGUGGUGUGUGUGUACAUCUGUGAGAGACUGAUAAUAGCCUCUUAUGUGGAUGAAAUUUCAUGAUUUGUUCGAAGUUUUUCCCAACCAUUGAAGUCGAGUUCAAAUUUUAUUGAAUUCUGACUUUUCCAGAACAGACAAAAUAAACCUUUGAGAUUUUUU